AUGCCAAGUGAGAGGCCCUUUACUUUUCAUCUUUAUAGCAUCUCCACCAAGUUCCUCGAAAACUACCAAGACAUUUUGGGCAGAGUCAUCAGACUUCAGCCAGUACCGAGGAACAUGAUACCUAAGAGAUGGAUGGAUUUUGCAAAGUUUGAGCUUCUGAAUAUUAGUACCUUGUACCAAGUAAGUGCCCCUCGGUUUUGUGCCGCUAAAGAUCCUUUUAACCAAUCGAUAGAAGAAGAAACAUCAGUUGGGGAUGCUAACGUCUGUCAGGAUUACAAGCAUCCCUCACAAGCUGCAGUAAUUCACAAAGGAACCUCCUUUCUGGAUGAACCUAGCAACAGCAAAUGCCAAGUCUUCAACUGGUCGAUGAUGAAUUGGCCCACCAAAAACCUCAAACCUUGA